AUGCGUGUUCUCUUAAUUUUGCUUUUGGGCGUCGCCGCCGCAUCAGCUGCACCGCCUAGGAUAGUAGGAGGAUCUACUGUCGAUAUCAGUCAGUACCCGUUCCUUGCUGGUCUUAUGUUCUCGAGGACAGGGUCCGGUACAUUUUAUCUGCAAUGUGGUGGAACUAUAAUCAAUAAUAGAAAUGUACUCACAGCAGCUCAUUGUCUGCAUGGUCUUAACCCUAACCAGUGGCGUGCCCGAAUAGGUUCAGCUCGGAGCAGCACUGGCGGCCGCACGAUCAACUUCAACAGAAUCACUUUACACCCCCACUUUAAUAUAUUCACCUACGAUAGCGACAUAGCUCUUAUCUACGCCUCAGCCAACAUAGCCACGGGUGGCAACGUCCAAUUGGCGAACAUAGCUGGCCCCAACUAUAACCUUUUGGACAAUAGUGUCGUUUUUUCAGCAGGAUGGGGCAGCAUUAAUUGGGGCGGGCAGUUUUCGGACCAACUCCGUCACGUCCAGAAAUGGACUAUCAACCAAGCUACUUGCAGACAACGAUACGCUAACAGCGGGCGGAACGUCACCGAUAAUAUGUUGUGCUCCGGCUAUCUCGACAUAGGGGGUCGGGACGCCUGCACGGGAGACAACGGGGGGCCUCUCCUCCACAACAACAUCGUCGUCGGCAUCAUCUCCUGGGGGUACGAGUGCGGUAGUCCGCGCUUCCCUAGAGUCACCGCCCGCAUGUCACGGUUUACUAAUUGGGUGGUGCAAAACGUUUGACCGCCAACCCGGAAAUAAAAAUCAAGAAAUAGGAAAAAAUAAAUCGGUUUUUGUAUACAAUUAUUAUUUUUAUUAUCAGCCUUACUUAAAGACCCACUACAUUUUCUGGCAUUCCUGUGUAUAAGAGAGGAGAUGUGAAGGUCCAACGCUGCAUCAA